AUGCAAACGUCGUUAGAGCAAGACCCCAUCAAGGCGCCCCUCGGAAGCGACGGCUCACUGCCUGAGAAACACGAAGAGACACUUAGAAAAGUCGAGAGCAUCCAAGAUGGCGCUCAAGAGCCCAAAAGAAACGAAGAAACCCAUCGUGGUUUCAAGCCUCGCCACUCGCAAAUGAUCGCCAUCGGCGGCGCUAUCGGCACCUCCCUUUUCCUAGGCACAGGUCAGGUCUUACGUGUUGGUGGUCCAGGAUUUCUCUUGGUCUCAUACGGCAUUCUCUCUAUCUUGGUUUACGGUAUUGUGACCGGGAUCGCAGAGGUCGCAACCUACCUGCCUGUGCCUGGAGGAACCAUGAGCUACUAUGGGAACAAGUAUGUCUCGCGUAGCCUCGGCUUCGCGAUGGGUUAUCUCUACUGGUACUCGCUCGGAAUCUUGGUACCCUACGAGCUUGUUGCCUCGACGCUCUUGAUCGACUUCUGGAAUUCUCCCGUCAAUCCAGCUGUCUGGAUUACAGUCAUUCUUAUUAUCAUUAUCACCCUCAACUUUCUUCCGGUGCGCUUCUUCGGAGAAGCUGAGUUUUGGAGUGCUGGGAUGAAGAUCCUUCUAAUCCUUGGUCUUAUCUUCCUGUCAAUCGUCCUAUUUUUCGGUGGAGGCCCAAAUCAUGAUAGACUGGGGUUUAGGUAUUGGAAAGAUCCUGGUCCAGUGAACACCUACCUGGAGGAAGGCGAUAUCGGUCGGUUCGUUGCCCUACUCCAGUCCUUCGUUCUGGCUUCGUUCGCCUUCGUCCUAGCCCCGGAGCAGCUCAUCGUCACAGCCGGUGAGAUGCAGUCACCAAGACAGAACUUGCCUCGAGCUGCAAAACGUUAUUUCUGGCGGCUAAUCAUCCUAUUCAUGCCGACUGUCCUAGGUAUUGGAGUUGUAUGUCCCUCCGACGAUCCAAGGCUGAGCGUUUCGGGGACCGCAAGUUCACCUUUCGUCAUCGCAAUCCGCAACGCUGGUAUUCCUGUGUUGGAUAGCAUUGUCAAUGCGCUGAUCCUUCUUUCGGCGUGUACCGCAGGUAACGCUUUUUUGUACUCUGCAUCCAGGAACCUCUACUCUCUGGCUAUUGCCCGGCCAUAUUCAAGAGAUGCAACAACUACGGUCUACCCUAUUCUGCCGUAG